CCGCCGCGGCCACCCUGUUCUCCAGGGCUGGGGUUGGUCCGCCGUGGGUUCCUGCUGGCAGCACGGGCUUUGUAGGCAUAGCUGGAUCUUAGCUGGGUGUUGCUGCGUGUGGCUGCACAAUAACAGCUGGCGUUUGCAACUCUACACAGCCUUGGUGAUGGGGAGUGUUCACUUAGGGGGAAGAGAAAAAUAGUGUCAGCUCUGCAGAAAUUCGCCAGGGAUGUUUUACGUAGAUGUAAGAUUUUGAGAGGUUUGUGGAGGUUUUCUUUUGCAGCGUGUGUUGUUCCUACAAGUUAACCUGCUGCUGUUCAUCUGCUGGGGUAGAAUUGCUUACUUGUACAGUGAGCACAGAGACAGUACUGCAUGUAGCUGAGCGUAUUUUAUUGGUGAUUUUCAGAGACUUGGGAAAUAACCUUGUCUGCUGAACUGUAAAAGUACUGUUUGUAUCGCUGAUCUAUCUUAAGAUCUCUUGCAGCGUUCUUGUUAUGCAGAUAUUUAAAUUUACUUAUCUCCAUUUUGUUCCUGUAUUAUUUCUUCUAACAUAAUUUUUUGGGAUUACUUAUUCUGGUGUUUUUAAUGCAGGUUUUCUGUAGUUGCUUUGUAAUACAGUGUGGUACAAUUCUGCAAAAUAUAAAGUGAAUUGUUUUCUAAAGUGCCAGCAACCUAAAGCUCCAGCACACCUUUGGGCUUGAGUUAAUGAGGGUGGAUUGCUAAAUUGAGGGUAUGUCUCCUGAUUGAUAUGACAGCAUGAGUUGUAAAGCUCAUUUAUUCCAUCUUUCUUGUUGAAAACAAAACAGAGUGAUGAAUCUCAGCAAGACAGCACAUGUGUUGUUAUUUGUGAUGUUGCCUUAGGUGGAGGAUUCCAGCUAGGGUCCUAGAUGGAAGAAGUAUCUUUGCGCUUGAAAUUUAGGACUUUAUUACCUAUGAUGAAAGUCAUGAUUGUUAUUUAAUGUAGAUUUGGUCUUUUGUAUUCUUUUUCAAAGAGGUGGACAACUGAUGGGAAGGAUAAAACUUCUUACAAGGUAGCUUGCUCGGUUUAGACUAAGAUCCAUACAGGAAAGCUCUCAACUGACAGUGCCUGGGAACACUUGAGAACUGAAUGAUUGAUUGAGGCCUUGGAAGGGAAAACAUUCAGACUUUACAUUUCACCGUUGGUUCUUUUAAGCAGCUAUGGAAAUAGAAAAGGCACACCUUUAUGUUAACCCAACAGAACUUGAGAAUCUAAGUGAUGCUCCAUUUUCCGGUGAUGAAGAAAAUGGUGGGUCUGAGGAGCGAAAAACUGAAAUCAAUGGCAAUUGGAUUCCUGCAACUUCAAUUAGUGAAGCUAAAUUACAUGCUAAAGCCAAGAGGCGGCUGAGGAAAAAUUCUUCUAGAGAUUCUGGGAGAGGAGACUCUGUUAGUGACAAUGGAGAGACACUGAAGAUUGGAGUUGUAGUACCAACGAGUCCAAAGGGGAAACUCCUGGACCGGCGAUCCCGGUCUGGAAAGGGAAGAGGUCUACCAAAGAAAGGUGGAGCAGGUGGUAAAGGAGUUUGGGGAACACCAGGUCAAGUGUAUGAUGUGGAAGAAGUAGAUGUUAAGGAUCCUAAUUAUGAUGAUGACCAGGAGAACUGUGUCUAUGAAACAGUAGUUUUACCUCUGGAUGAAAGAGCAUUUGAAAAAACGUUAACACCAAUCAUACAAGAGUAUUUUGAACAUGGAGAUACUAACGAAGUUUCGGAGAUGCUGAAGGAUUUAAAUCUUGGUGAAAUGAAAUACAGUGUGCCAGUGCUGGCUGUUUCCUUGGCAUUAGAAGGGAAAGCUAGUCACAGGGAAAUGACAUCUAAGCUUAUCUCUGACCUUUGCGGGACAGUAGUAAGCAAAACUGAUGUGGAAAAAUCGUUUGAUAGACUGCUUAAAGAACUACCUGAACUGGUGUUGGAUUCUCCCAAGGCACCACAGUUGGUUGGCCAGUUUAUUGCUAGAGCUGUUGGAGAUGGGAUUCUAAGCAGUACCUACAUAGAUGGCUACAAAGGCACUGUGGAUUGUGUCCAAGCUCGAGCUGCGCUGGACCGAGCUACUGUGUUGCUGAGUAUGACAAAGGGUGGAAAGCGUAUAGACAACGUGUGGGGGUCAGGAGGUGGCCAGCAGUCUGUGAAACACCUUGUUAAAGAGAUCGAUAUGUUGCUGAAAGAGUAUUUGCUUUCUGGAGAUGUCCUGGAAGCUGAACGCUGCCUUCAGGAACUGGAAGUACCCCAUUUUCACCAUGAACUUGUAUAUGAAGCUGUUGUGAUGGUUUUGGAGUCAACUGGAGAAAAAACCUUUAAAAUGAUACUGGAUUUGUUGAAAUCUCUCUGGAGCUCUUCUGUCAUUACUAUGGACCAAAUGAAAAGAGGCUAUGAACGAGUUUACAGUGAAAUACCAGAUAUUAACCUGGAUGUGCCACACUCCUAUUCUGUGCUUGAGCGGUUUGUAGAGGAAUGCUUUCAGGCUGGAAUAAUCUCCAAACCACUGAGAGACCUCUGUCCUUCAAGGGGCAGAAAGCGUUUUGUGAGUGAAGGAGAUGGCGGUCGUCUGAAGCUAGAAAGCUACUGAAUGUGAGAACCAGCUCCUAAAGCCUUACAAGUUUAAAGGGAAAAUAUAAGAUACCUAUAUAUAUAUAUACAAACAUGCAUGCUUUUUUUUGGUGUUUGUAUGUAUAUAUGUAUACACAUAUAUAAUAUACCAAAAUUUUGAGAGUUGCUUAGCACAGUCCAUAUUUUUUUAAAAGCACAUGUUUUGGGUACAAAUACUUUUUUUUUAAUAGUUUUAUAAAUUUCAGAAAGAAGACUUUUCUUUGGGCAUAUAGUAGAACAACUGGCCACUGCUGUGGUGGUGCCUUCAAAUAAGCUAUCUUUUCAAGUGCCAUAUGUUCCUGACAUUCUAUGUUCGCAUCGAUGUCUGACUGCCGCUCUUUCUUUCAAGGACAGUGUUGUCAUCAUAAAAUCACUGGUUUAUAUACAGGCUUUAUAGAAGGGUCAAGUUAAGCUGCUGUGAUUACAUUUCCAUUGCUGCUGAAGAAAUACUGUGCUUGGGGAAGAAAAAUAGCUGUUUCUUUGUCUUAAAGAGCCCAGGAAAAUGGAGUUGGGUCAUAAGACUAAUUCAUCUCUUUCAGGGGAGAACACUGGUUGGCUCUAGUCCCCAUGUACCAAAUUCGUCUUUUUUUUUUUUUUUUUUCUAUGUAACUGGAAAAGUGAAAAGUUCUGGUAAAGCAUAUUAAAAAUAUUUUUUGUGAA